AUGCCCAUCUUGGGUGCGGCUACCCCGGAGCCUCUAUGUGGGAGGGAGACGGGCGGCAGCGUACCAGGCAGCAUGGAGACGCUCAUCAAGAAGCUCCACCUUCUCUACACUCAGCGCGUGCGGCCGCUGGAAGAGAUGUACAGCUUCGACACCUUCCGCCCCAGCUGGUAUGAGGAGACGAUCCUCAACGAGCGUCCCUUCAUUACGCUAUUUGGCCCGUGGUCGGCUGGCAAGACCACCUUCAUCAACUACCUCUUGCAGAGCAACCACUUGUGGACUGGUCCGCAGCCGACAACGGCAGAGUUCACGGUGGUGAUGUACGGCAAAGAACCGGGCCCGAUUGCCGGCCAGGCGCUGGCCAACUCGAAGCACUUGCCGUUCAAGGGCCUUCUCUAUUUUGGCGAGUCCUUCAUCAACAACCUCAAGGGAUUCCAGGUGCCCCAUCCACUCCUGGAGCGCGUCACGCUCAUCGACACUCCUGGGGUGCUGGAGAGCGCUAAGGACAUUCACCAGCGCAAGUACGACUACGUGAAGGUGUGCCGCUGGUUUGCGGAGCGAAGCGACUUGAUCUUCGUCUUUUUCGACCCCAGCAAGCUGGAUGCCGGUGGGGAGCUUCGCCAGCUCUUCCAAACCUCCUUCAAGGGGAUCGAGAAUCGUCUCCGCCUCGUAUUGAACAAGGCCGACGCCAUCUCCACCCAGGAGCUCAUGCGGGUCUAUGGCAGUUUGUUCUGGAACUUAUCCAACUUCAUCAACACAACGGAGCCGCCGCGUGUCUACGUUGGCAGUUUUUGGGAUAAGCCGUACAACCCAAACUCCUUCUCUCGUCUCUUCGCAGAGGAGAAGUUAGACCUGCUGCAUGAGUUGCUCGAGAUUAUUCCGCAACAGGCGAGGGACAAGAAGAUCGCGUCGCUCAUUCAGCGAGCCAAGGAGGUGCUCGUGCAUGCCCUCAUCGUUGGUGGCAUCCGGGCCGACCUGCCGGUUCUCUUCGGCAAGUCCAAGGCAAAGAAAAAGGCGGCGGAGCAGCUGCCAAGGCGCUACGAACUCAUCGGCGCUAGCUACAAGAUGAACCACCGCGACUUCCCGCCGGUGCAGGCCUAUCGAUCUUUUCUGGAGCGCUACGACGUCGCGAAGUUCCCAUCGCUGCAGAAACCGGAGAAGGCUGGUCUCAUCCGCGGCAUUCAAGAGCUGAUUGACACGAUCCUGCCAUCCAUGCUGCGGCCGGUGUGCAACACCCGAGCCGCGAACCCGUUUGAGGAGGAUAAGUGGACGGGCUUGCUCAGCAUGUACCGCGAUCACGUGCUUUUGCAGCGUGAUGGGCGGCCUGGCAUGCAGGGAGACACUGACAAGGUCGCCUCCACCAUGGGUAAGGCGGUGCCUGACUCGGCGUCCCUGGGUCCGUCUUCCAGUAUUGCCGCCACCCCCGCCCCCGGCCCGUCGUCUCUACUUGGCCCCGGCACCGCAGUCGCAGCAUCUUCUGCGUCGCCAUCCUUCACACAGUCGCCUUCCCUCGCGAUGGCUGCUUCUUCCACGGCUGCCGCCACUCCGCCGCCGCUGCCAUCAUCCGCAGCGACGUCGUCGCCAGCUGACAUGCAAGCCAUGAUGGCGAUAAUGCAGCAGAUGGCUGCAUAUCAGCAGCAGCAACAAGAGCAAGACCGACGGAGCAGCAGUGCACCUGCGACCGUCAACUCACACGGGACACGAUCUUCAUCGCCCCCACAGACAUCAGGAAAUCCUGUUGAGUCCUCCGUCCCGGUGACCCCGCAAGAGUCGGACAUAAACAGCGAACCGUGCCUACUUACCGUGGCGCCUCAACCCGCCAUGCCCGACAACUGCGCUUCCCAGAUUAACGCAUGGACUCGCGAGGACGUGUCAAAGGCGCCACACUGA